AUGCACUAUGACAGGUAUGUUUACACUAUUCAUUGUCAACACUUACCAAAUUACAUCACACAGGUCAUCAACAUAUUCAUCAGCACAGCAGAUGAGCUCUUUGGGCCAGUCACAGUCAUUCAGUGCAACAAGAAACUGGUCAAGAACAUCCCAUGGACAGCAUCUACAUUCAAGAAUGCGGAUUGGGAGCACGUGAAAUCAUUGCUUUGGUGCUGCAAACUUGGGUGGUAUGCACUAAAGUAUAACACGUUGCAGACCUGUAAUUAUGCGAAUCUCUACAAUGCCAUUCCAGCAAUUGAGGAACUCCAGACCACAUGGGAGAUGAAACUCAAUUUACCAAAGUAUGAGAUCUACAAGGAUGCCAUCCAGGCUGGCCUCAACAUGAUCAGAAAAUACUACUGGAAGUUUGAUGACAAGCCUGUGUAUGUUCUUUCCCUUGUUCUCCACCCUUAUUACAAACUGAUAUACAUCAAGAUGCAGUGGGGUGGGCCAGAAGAGCAGGCAAAGGAGCAUGCUGCCAGAAAUCCAAACACUAUUGAUUGGUAUGAUGAGGCCCUACAAGUCAUUGAGGCAGCCAUGCAAGAAUAUUCCAAUUGUGCUAAACCAAUAACUCCAUCAGCAUCUCUGGGUUCUUCCACUGGUGGCAUCUCUUGUGACACUGCUAGCAUUAAAUCAGAAUAUGACUGUCAUUGUCGUGAGCUGGUAGAGAAGGCCAGUCACCAAUAUCAUUCAGACUGGUAUGCUGAACUUUGGCGUUAUCUUACUGACAUGCCUGACAAUGUCUCAAAGAAUACAAAUAUCAUCGAGUGGUGGUUGGUAUGUAUUGAUUACAAUCUGUCGUACAUCAUACUAACAUAA